UCCACGACGGGGCAAGUCGGAUGGUUUAUAUAUUGGGGGAGACCGCGAUUCAUUCAGCAUCACGUUUACUUGACAAGAUUACACAAUAGUUCAUCAAAAGACGAGUGGUUACAUCCAUUUUCAACACAUUGAGGCUCCGAUUUCAUAUACGGCUGUAAGGUGACUUAUCGGGCUGAAUAUUCAUUGAGCUGAAUAAAGAGGUGAAUAAAAAGCAACAAAGAUGAAGCUACUGUGGGCUUUCCUGCUGGUGGCCAGCGCCGUGUCUGCCGAUGACGACGACAAGAGGGAGAAUGUGGGCACCGUCAUUGGUAUCGACCUGGGUACCACCUAUUCCUGUGUCGGCGUCUUCAAGAAUGGCCGCGUCGAGAUCAUCGCCAACGACCAGGGCAACCGCAUCACUCCGUCAUACGUGGCGUUCACCAGCGAAGGUGAGCGUUUGAUCGGAGAUGCCGCCAAGAAUCAGCUUACCUCCAACCCCGAGAACACUGUGUUCGACGCCAAGCGGCUGAUGGGUCGUAGCUGGGCCGACUCCUCCGUGCAGCAGGACAUCAAGUACCUGCCCUUUAAGGUCAACGAUAAGAAGAGCAAGCCUCACAUCCAGGUUGACAUUGGUGGGGGUCAAUUGAAGACGUUUGCCCCGGAGGAGAUCUCUGCUAUGGUGUUGACUAAGAUGAAAGAGACUGCUGAGGCUUAUCUGGGCAAGAAGGUCACUCACGCCGUGGUCACUGUUCCUGCCUACUUUAAUGAUGCCCAGCGCCAGGCCACCAAAGAUGCUGGCACCAUCGCUGGUCUCAACGUAAUGAGAAUCAUUAAUGAGCCAACGGCCGCCGCUAUCGCUUACGGCUUGGACAAGAGAGAUGGCGAGAAGAACAUCCUGGUGUUCGACUUGGGCGGCGGCACCUUCGACGUCUCCCUCCUGACCAUCGACAACGGCGUGUUUGAGGUGGUGGCCACGAACGGCGACACCCACUUGGGAGGAGAGGACUUCGACCAACGUGUCAUGGAGCACUUCAUCAAGCUGUACAAGAAGAAGACUGGCAAGGACGUGCGCAAGGACAACCGCGCCGUGCAGAAGCUGCGUCGCGAGGUGGAGAAGGCCAAGAGGGCGCUGUCGGCCCAACACCAGUCCCGCAUUGAGAUAGAGUCCUUCUUUGAGGGAGAGGACUUCUCCGAGACCUUGACCCGUGCCAAGUUUGAAGAACUCAACAUGGAUCUGUUCCGCUCCACCAUGAAGCCCGUGCAGAAGGUGCUGGAAGACGCUGACCUGAAAAAGUCCGACAUUGAUGAGAUCGUACUGGUCGGAGGCUCCACCCGUAUCCCCAAAAUCCAGCAGCUGGUGAAAGAGUUCUUCAACGGCAAAGAGCCCUCCAGGGGUAUCAACCCCGACGAGGCCGUGGCUUUCGGCGCCGCAGUUCAGGCUGGCGUGCUCUCAGGGGAGGAGGACACCGGUGAUGUGGUUCUUCUGGAUGUGUGUCCUCUUACUCUUGGAAUUGAGACUGUCGGAGGAGUCAUGACCAAGCUGAUCCCAAGGAACACCGUUGUGCCCACCAAGAAAUCUCAGAUCUUCUCUACAGCUUCUGACAACCAGCCCACUGUCACCAUCAAAGUCUACGAAGGCGAGCGGCCCCUGACUAAGGACAACCACCUCCUGGGCACCUUUGACCUGACUGGCAUCCCCCCUGCCCCUCGCGGCGUGCCCCAGAUCGAGGUCACCUUUGAGAUUGACGUCAACGGCAUCCUGAGGGUCACCGCCGAGGACAAAGGCACGGGCAACAAGAAUAAAAUCACCAUCACAAACGACCAGAACCGCCUGACGCCGGAGGACAUCGAACGCAUGGUCAACGACGCAGAGCGCUUCGCCGACGAGGACAAGAAGCUCAAGGAGAGGAUCGACGCCCGCAACGAGCUGGAGAGCUACGCAUACUCCCUGAAGAACCAGAUCGCCGAUAAGGAGAAGCUCGGCGGAAAGCUCUCAGAUGAGGACAAGGAGGCCAUCGAGAAGGCCGUGGAGGAGAAAAUCGAAUGGAUGGAGUCUCACCAAGAAGCCGAGAUCGAGGACUUCCAGGCCAAAAAGAAAGAGCUGGAGGAGGUGGUGCAGCCUAUUAUUAGCAAGCUUUAUGGUAGUGCGGGUGGUCCACCACCAGAGGGUGCUGAAGAAAAGGAUGAGUUAUAAAAGUCAACUCUUGUAGCCACCCACCUCUUUAUUACACCGAGAUGUACAUAUCGAACUGAAUGGACUCAUCAUGAGAGGGCGGGGCUUUGAUGGGUGGCAACGACCA